AUGACCCAUGAUAUUGAAAUGGGGUCAAAUCUUAGAAACUGCAUGGCUGCCUCCCUGCAUAUCCAUGAAGAGAACAUGCCAAAGAUGAAGUCUGAAGGGGAGUUGGACAAGGUGAAGGGGCUGGAGCCAGAAGAGAUGUGUGAGGACAGAAACCCUCUGUGCACCAACCUCCCAGAUAAGUCCACCAACAUAAAGGAGGACCAUGAGGCACCCCUACCCAUUAUCUUUGGCAUUGAAGCCUACAAGAAGUUACCAGUCUGCAAGGUGAGGAGUCACCAAGUUAAUUCUCUUCAAAGAAGAGCAAGAUGCUGGGGUAUUUUCCAAAGAAGGUAUGUCAGUUGGUCUGAAACAUUCAGCCCUGGCAUUCAUCCAUCAUCACGUCGGGAACAAGAUGGAGACGUGGCAAUGAGAGAUGCCCACGUGGGCCCUGGAGUAAGAUACACCCCGUAUGCCAUUCCAACUUACUGGCGGAGAGACAGUUUUCACAGAGGAGACCAAACACAUGGUAACCCGGAGAGAGAGAGAAAACCUCCAGAGGAAGGAUUGGAGGGGAACAGGCAGGAUGGGACCUCCAGGAGCUGGUUCAAGGUCACAUUUCCAUUUGGUAUAAAAUAUGAUGAGAAGUGGCUGCUGAAUUUGAUCCAGAGCCAAUGUAGUGUUCCCUUCAACCCAAUCGAGUUUCACUAUGAGAAAAUGCAGGUCCAGUUCUUUGGUGAAAAUGCCAGCAUUGCCUUUGUGUUGAAGAAAGUGAGCGGCAAGAUUUGGGAUGAAGAAAAUGAAAGAAUAUCUAUCUUUGUCAGUCCCUCUGCUGUACCCCACUCUGAGCAGAAGAAGCUAAAGUCAACAAAAGUGAAACUCAUAAAGAAGACCAACAUCAAAGGAUAUGAAGUCCCCCAGCGAGCUCUUGACCUCCAGAGACUCCACUCAGACCCAGACCCGAUGACCCUUGAUAUUGAAAUGGGGCCAAAUCUUAGAAACUGCAUGGCUGCAUCCCUGCACAUCCAUGAAGAGAACAUGUGCAAGGUGAAGUCUGAAGGGGAGUUGGACAAUGUGAAAGGGCUGCAGCCAGAAGAGAGGUGUUCGGACAGAAACCCUCUAUGUACCACCUUCCCAGAUAAGUCCACAAACAUACGCUCCAUCCUGGAAUUGUUCCCCAAGUUAUUACACCUGGAUGACCACAAGAUACCCCCACCCAUUAUCUUUGGCAAUGAAGCCUACAAGAAGUUACCGGUCUGCAAGGGGAAUGUCUUUGGAUCUGAGACCCUGAAGAAUAUAAUCUUGCAAUUCCUGCAGCAAUAUUACUGGAUCUAUGACUCUGGAGACUGGCAGGGUCUCCUGGAUGCUUACCAUGACGAGGCCUGUUUCUCACUGACCAUUCUCUUCAACCCUGAUGACCUGGUUCCAAGCUGCUUGCACAAGUACUCCAAGGGGAGCAGGAAUAUGAGGAAGCUCAAGGACCCUGUUCUGCGGGUUCAGUUGCUGAAACACACAAAACGUGACAUUGUUGACUUCCUCAAUGUGUUGCCCAAAACCCAGCAUGACCUCAGCUCCUUUGUGGUGGACAUGUGUGUCCAGACGGAAAAGAUGCUCUGCUUUUCUGUCAAUGGGGUGUUCAAGGAGGGUGAGUGUCUCCUAUGCAUCGUGAAUGACCAACUGUUUGUAAGGGACGCUGGCCCCAUAGAGACCCAGGGUGCCUUCUCCACUCCAGUGCCCACACUCUCCUCCAGCUCUGUGCCCACCAUCUCCCAGGAGCAGCAGGAAGUGGCCCAGGCGUUCUCCACACAGUCCGGCAUGAACCACUAG